ACCUGUAUUACUUUAUUCUUAAGAGUGAUUAAGUGUGUCUAUAAUCAGAGUGAUGAAAAAAGAAUGUGUGACUUUUAAGUGCUUUUGAAAAAGACAAUCGGGCAAGCUGGUUAAAAGUACUUUGACUACAAGCGCAUAACAGUUUAAAUCUGGACACAAGAGUUCAGACCAUAGAAAGUAUAUUAAAGGAACUUGUGAGUGAAUAGGAGUUGACUGGAGUUUUUAAGCCAUGACAAACAAUAAGACAUUGACAGUGGUCAUCCUCCUGAGCUUCUUCGUGGCAAGACAUCAUACCAAAGGAGAAGAGCAAAACAUCAACUUAACACAACCACUUCAAGCUAGGAAUGACAAGCUGGAAAGUAAAUUAACAGUUUUCAAAGCUGAGACGUUUGUGGAGGGCCACAAUGUCAAUUUAACAUGUGGAAAUUCUGAGGUUAAAUGGAAUGAGCUGAUCUAUAUCACCUGGAAUAUUAGCUUGAAAAGCAGAAAGUGUUUCAUCGGCAUGGAGCCAUCCAGGCUGGAAUCCAGUUGUAAUGAUGGAAAGAUGCAUCUCAAACACUCAAAUGGAGUUUCAUUAUUCAUUUACAACAUUUCAAAGGAAGAUGAAGGAUUUUACUCGUGUGAUAUAUCCUAUAGGGAAGGAACAUAUGCUCAAACAGUGAAUGUUUCUGUAAUUGUUCCCAAUCUUGUCAGCAAGCAGGAGUUUAAAAAUGGUCAGUGGUAUGUUGUCUGUGAAGCCAAAUAUGAACAGUCUGCACCCACUCUUCAUUGGGAACCUGCAUUGCACAUUACUCAGAAUACCAGCAUUAUCAAAAAUGGUAAUGUGCAUUUUGUGGAGAAUCGAGUAUAUCUGCGCGAUGUUGUAAAUGUUAGUAACCUCACCUGUGUGGCCAAUUACCCUAACUGGCAACAGCACAUAACACCUGAUCUUAGAAAACCAGCUGUUUCAGAUCACAAAUUUCCAUGGGAAAUUAUUGCCAUUGCAGUCGGCUCUGUGUGUUUUAUCAUUGUAUUUCUGGCUGUGGUUUAUGUACUAUGCAGGAAGCUUAACAAACUAAGUGUAUUGAAAAUGCUUUGCUGCAAAUCCAAAAUCUCUACCCCUGCUAAAGACAAACCAAUCCAGCCCCAUGAUGUUGAAGAGGUGGAACCCUAUGCAAGUUAUAUACAGCGAGUCAACUUCAUCUACAACUCCUCAGCUGAACUCUUCAAUGCUUAAGCAGCAAGCCACACACUUUCAUCACUUUUCACGAUGAAAUGGGAUACCAGAAGAGUGACACAUGUUGACUAAGAAUUUACAGAGAAAAGUGUGGUCAGAAUUACACACAAGAAAAUCAUACACAUGAGAAUCAUACUCAUUUCAAGAGAGCAUCUCGAAACAAACUGGCUUUAACUGAGGGACAAAUGCCACACUAAGUAAAAUUAUGAAAGGUGAUUACAAAGGAACAUACUUUGGACUACUUCAGCGGCAGCGAUAUCAUUAAAAUACAGAUUUGUAGACAUUGUCUAUUAUUAUUCACUUUAACAAAUAUUUUUAUUUUCAAAUUUGUGACGAUAUCUUUCCUUUCAUAGUUUAAAAGGUGAUAAAACUACAGCAAACAACUUUGUCCUCAAAAUACUAAAGUGGGCCUUGUAAAAAAAAUCAAA